AGAAAGUUUGACAAAGUUUGCAGCGUUUGCGGCGAUUUGGCCGCCAAUAACAAUUUCGGUGCCAUUACUUGCUGUUCGUGUAAAAUAUUCUUCCGUAGAAAUGGCCAAACAGUUACCGAAAGUAAAUGUAGUUUUGGUGGCAAUUGUGUCGUCAGUUUAAAGACCCGAAGAUUCUGUCAGAGCUGUCGGCUUAAGAAGUGUUUUGCUGUCGGAAUGAAAACUGACUCGUUUCUAUCUGAAGACAAACGACAGAAAAUUCAGACUAAAUAUAGAGAAAAGCGGUUAAAACUCGGAAGCGAUUCAAAAGAUUCAGCAAUUGAUAAUUGCAGUGAUUUCAGCAAUAAGACAACUGAUGAUGACUUUAUGGCCGCAAUUGUUAGCGAUAAUAGUUUUACAGACAAUGAGAUUCAAUCAGAGAUCGAAGAAAUUAAUACAUUAUUAACUAAUAAUAACGACAGUAAAACCAAUGAUUUAUUUACUGAAAACAGCAACACUUCGGUUGUAGCCAUCAGAAGACCAUUGACUGACUAUCGGAACAAUUUCAAUGAAAUAGAGGGCAAUCUAUUGACGGAAAUACUCUUCGCCAUCAAUUCUAAGCGGGAAUCGAUGGCCACAACUCCCGCGCGGAUCCAUAACAUGACUGAAUGCAGGCCAGUGUUGACCAAGAAGUUUACAAAAGAGAUUGAAAGUAUGUCACAAGGGGUCAAAUGUUUGCGUGCAUUCAACGAGUUGUGUAUUGAUGACCAAAUUGCCUUGGUCAAAUACGGGGCCAGUGAUAUACUUAGCGUCCGUAGUGUUUUACUAUAUGAUGCAAACACCCGGAGCUGGACUUUUAAUCUGGAUAACAAUCACUCCAUUUUCUUACCGUUGGAUGUGUUUAAGGGAUCAAAGAGUAAUAUAUAUGAUGUCUUUGAAACAUUUUUUGACAAAUUUCUACCACAAUUGGAUAACGAUGUGAUUUUAUUAGAUCUGUUGACAGCAAUCUUACUAUUCAACCCUAAUCGUCCGAAUCUCACUCAUAAACAAACUAUUAUAUUUCAUCAAAAAUCGUACAUUUAUUUACUUAAACGCUAUUUCCUAUUGAAGUAUCGGUCGGAAGAGGAGGCGGACACGAAGUAUAUAAGUUUGAUGAAUACUAUGCCAUACAUUGAUAUAUUGGGUCAUUUGGUGUGGGCUAAUGGGGUCCGUACGGAGCCGCUAAUACUCGGCCCUUUACUCCGGGAGGUAUUGGGCUUACAGUUAACAAAUACUCAC